UAAGAACUCCCCCUUGUUCGGCCACCAAUUUGCGCGCAUCGCCCUCGUGCGGCAAUGUUUGCAAACACAGAAAGGAGUCUAUACUGUUAUGUUUUUCAUCAACGCGUGCAGGACCAAAAUGGAGGAAAUGUCGAAGUGCUAGCACUUGUUAAAGCACGAGCCACUCUAGCCAAACGAUAUCCCCGCGCGUCUUUGUGGCUUUCAGUAGAAUUAGCUAGCUACCAAACCCUUCUGCAGGACCAUGAGGGACGAAGUCUGAUCCAGGCUCAAUGAAACAGAAAAUAGGCUUCAAUGACACUUGACUGCUUUGCAGAAAAAGCAGUUAUUAUGUAAUGUUAGUUCAAUAACACCUGCGUUUUAUUCGCCAUGACUAUGAGAUCCACUUUGUUUGCUAAUGCAGGAUUUAAGCUGGACACAGAGAAACUUGACUUUGACAAAUCACAAGUGGGAACUGCAAACGUCGUGAAUUCAAUAACCAUCAAGAGAGAAUCCUGUGACUUUGUCAUAGAUGUCCAUGACGUACAUGGGGCCAUCCACAAGACUGGAGGGGAGCUCCUCAGCAAAACAAAGAUCCUAGACCAGAAUUACAUCAUUCGGGCCCCAGUGGCUGCUCAAAAUAAAGCGGGAGGGGCACUGGCUCAAGGCGACAAUUGGGAAAGCACAGGGGUGCUGUCAUCCUCCGUCAGACAAAUGGGGGGUGAGGGAAUCCCAAUUAAAGGUAAACUCAUUCUGAGUGACAGUAUGGAUAAUACAGAGUUGGUUUCGAACAAUAACUCCAAGGAUGCUGGUACUAUUGAGAGCACCAGAGGGGUCUCCCCUGGAGGAGUUGUCAACACUGCAUCCAUUGAGCUCAGCACAGAGGGCAAGUGGAGGAACAUCAGGAAAACCCCUGCUAACCCCCACACACAGGCCACCUGCCUCCAGCAGAUUCUCCUGCUUCAGCUGGACUUGAUUGAACAACAGCAACAACAGCUGCAGUCCAAGGACAAGGAGAUAGAUGAGCUGAAAGCGGACAAGGAGACGUUGCUGGCGCGUAUUGAGCGCAUGGAGCGCCGUUUGCAGCUGACGAGGAAGGACCCACGUGAUAAGCGCCUAUUUCAGCCACUAGAGCCCUGGACCCCAGAUAAAGAGGACCUGUGGGAUCUAGAAGUGGGUGACAGCCCACAGACUCCCACCCCUAGGUCACUCCACUUCAGUCGAGGCGGCAAAGGCCUCAAAAGGAAAUUUUGCUUCCUGGACUCCAAAAUCCAGAAGUCGCGAGGAGGCAAAGGCUCCAAGUUCGUCGCCUCUAAGUCAGAGUGUGGAGCUGGGUCUCCACAUCAGAGGGAGCUGCGCAGUAAAGAGACCCCAGAGAAGAUGGGGUUUGUUCGGUCAGCGGUAGAGAGGGAUACUCUGCAACCAAGCAAUGAGGACCCGGAGCUCACCGCUCGGAUGGAGGAGCUCCCUUUCAUGUCGACUACUGAGAUGUACCUGUGUCGUUGGCAUCAGCCUCCCCCCUCCCCCCAGCGCGAGCCAUCCCCUUCCCCGAAGAAAGAGGAGGUUGUAGCCAUCCCCUCCUGGAGGGAAAACAGUAUGGAGCCCUUGGAUGAGGAGGCUGCCAGUGACAUCCCAGAGAUGUUGGACGACAGUGUAUUUUUGAAGCGCCACGCAAAGCUGGAGUUAGAUGAGAAGAGGAGAAAAAGAUGGGACAUUCAGCGUAUACGCGAACAGCGCAUGUUUCAGCGUCUGCAGCAGCGCAUGAACAAGAAGAAGGGGAUCCAGGAAAGUGAGCCAGAGGUCUCGUCAUUUUACCCGGACACUGAGGAUGUCGAGUCCAUAAUCAUCACCCCUUUCCUGCCUGUGGUGGCCUUUGGCCGGCCAUUGCCGAAGCUCACUCAACAAUGGUACCAUGGUGGCGGGGCAGGGCGAGUUUCACAGAAAGACCUUUCAUCAAAAUGCAAGUAUUUAUUCUUCCCCAUAAGUAUGUAUUUUUAAGUUUUAAGCAAACCGAAAAUGUUACACCCAAAACACUUGUCUCAAAGGCAAGCAUUUUCUUGCCUAUUCGUUCCUCUGGUCUCAAAGAAGAGGGCAUAGCUCUAAUGAUUUAGAAAAAAAGGGCAAUAUGAAUGCACACUGGUGUAAAUUUUAAAAAGGGUUUUAUGAAUGAUUGUUAAUGCCAGUUUCAAGACAACAUGGUGAAUAAAAAAAAAGGGGACUUUAGCCUUAACAUAUAAUCUGAAGGGGUAAAUAUUGACUGGAUAUUUAUAUACCAGUAGUUUUGCAAAUCCUUUAAAGAAAAUGGACAAGAAAGACUAAAAAAUUCUCUAUACAAAAACGCAUUUUCAUAGAUAAGAAAUGUUAUUUGUCCAUUCUAACAGUCAUUAUUAUCAACAUGUCUGCAUGUGUGCAUAUUGAGACAACACUGUUCUAUAGAAUGAGUCUGAAAACAAUUUACAGACUCUUUAUUCAACACAUGAUGUGCCAAUUGGAUGAUAACCCAAUGUGAAAUGCUUUUCAGGUUACAAGGGUCCAAUUUUCCCGGUGACCUUCCCCUUUCCUUGAUUCCUCCAGUCAUCUUUUCAGUUUCUGAAUUGUGUCUUCCGCUGUAGGAACUUUGACCUGCCUUGGCUUGACGAGCGAAGCCGCUGCCGCAUCGAGGUGCCCAAGAAACACACGCCACACCGGACCUGUCGGA